AUGACCAACCCCUGUCCUGCCUUGAGGUGGCUCUGUCUACCUGUUCUAUCUGUCGCAGCUGUGGUUUGUGGGUUUUCAAUCGCAAAUCACACCAGGUUUCCUGACUGCCAUUGCAUGCCACAAGACACUUGCUGGCCUGAAGAUUAUCGAUGGGCACAAUUUAACAAAACAGUCGAUGGGAAGUUGAUUGCGACAGUCCCGAUCGCCAGCGUCUGUCAUAUCGACUCGUUCGCACUGUACGAUCAAUCGCAAUGCGCACAACUCCAGUCCGAUUGGGGCCUACCGGAAACACACUAUGAAAGCUCCUCGUCAAUUAUGGCGUCACGGUUCACGAACUUAAGCUGCAAUCCCUUCUCGUCGAAAACAUCACCUUGCACGAUCGGGAACUACGUCCAGUACGCCGUGAACGCAACAGACGCCGCACAAGUCCAGAAAACAAUUCAUUUUGCAGCUCGGCACAACAUCCGCCUCGUCAUCCGUAAUACUGGCCAUGACCUACUUGGGAAGUCCACUGGAGCUGGAGGCCUGGCGAUCUGGAUGCAUUACAUGAAAGAUAUUUCCAUUGUGGACUAUGUGUCGUCACACUAUUCCGGUAAAGCCAUGAAGAUGGGAGCUGGGGUUCAAUCCUUUGAAGGCAGCGAUGCCGCCUAUAGAGCUGGACUUGUUAUCGUUGGCGGCAAUUGUCCAACGGUCGGGCUGGCAGGGGGGUAUUCCCAAGGCGGCGGGCACGGCCAACUGGUCUCCCAUGUGGGGCUCGCCGCUGAUCAGGUCCUGGAAUGGGAGGUCGUUCUCGCAAAUGGGAAGCUGGUGACCGUGUCGCCAACAGAACAUCCAGAUCUCUACUGGGCAUUGUCAGGUGGCGGUGGAGGGACUUACGGUGUUGUUGUGUCGAUGACGAGCAAGGCUUACCCAGAGCUGCCCACGGCAUCGGGUAACUUGUCAUUCUCCGACACGGGUAUAUCGCGAGAUACAUUCUUUACAGCAGUUUCCAUAUUCAUAUCGAUUCUUCCCUCGAUCGGGGACGCUGGCGGUGCAAGUGUUUGGUGGUUGACGAACAAUACUCUGUCAACGACACCUACUACCAUUCCGGGUGGCACAGCGACACUUUCCAAUUCUCUUUUUAGUCCUUUGAUUGCAUUCCUCAAACAAAACAACAUACAACACACAUAUUAUGUGAACGAUUUCCCUACAUACUACGACGCAUACCAGACCAUGAGCCCACCGGACAACAUAACUGAUCAACUUGCCGGUGGUCGUCUGAUUCCAAGAUCCGUAGUCGAGCAGAACCUGGCCGGUCUAAACACCAUCUUCCGUAACAUUAUCGAAAAGACCGCCGGAUUCCUCAUUUCUGCAGUUAUGGUAAACUCGUCUCGAGUUGCAUAUCCCGACAACAGCGUCAAUCCAGCCUGGCGAGACGCUUUGAUGGAUGUUGUAAUUGGAGCGCUGUUUGACUACACUGACGCGGAUAGCAAUGUCGCUCGCCACCAGCUCAUUACCGAUGUUCUUAUGCCACCGCUAGAAGAGUUGACACCUGGAAGUGGUGCAUAUUUGAAUGAAGCCGAUCCAAACCAAAGGGAUUGGCAACAGGCGUUUUAUGGGGACAACUAUGACAGUUUACUAGAGAUUAAGAGAAAGUAUGAUCCUCACAAUAGGUUCUACGCUUUUAAGGGUGUUGGUAGUGAGGCUUGGACGGUGGCUGAGAAUGGACGAUUGUGUAAGUCGUGA